UAUUGACAAUUUGGACAUCGAGGCAUGUGAGAAUGAACAAGUAGUGUGUAUUCUGAAAGAGAUUGGCAACAUGAUACGGAAGAUUGUGUACAGGGUGGUUAUUGACGCAGUCUGUCUGACAGCAGUGGCCUUGCCUAGUUUAAUUUUGUAUCUUCUGGGAAAAUCAUUUCAUCGUGGGUUCUACUGUGAUGAUGAAAGUAUUAAACAUCCACAUAAACCUAACACAAUUCCCACGUGGGUUGCUUCAUUUGUUGGCUUAACUAUUCCUAUAUUGUUUAUUAUUGUUAUAGAGGCUUCAAGGUUUUCAGUUUCCAAAAGAAAUUUCCUUGAUGUAACAAAAAGAAAGUUUGUGAUUUCGGUGUACAGAACUCUGAGUUCCUUUUUAUUUGGGGCUGCAAUUACUCAGAUGUUGACAGAUAUUGCCAAGUAUAGCAUUGGACGACUGAGACCUCAUUUCUACAGUGUAUGUAAACCAAGUAUCCAGAAUUGUACCUGGAACACAGGCUAUAUAGAAGAUUAUGUCUGUACAGGGACUGACCUGGAAGCUAUUAAAGAAGCUAGAUUGUCUUUUCCAUCUGGGCACAGUUCCAUUACAAUGUAUUGUAUGUUCUUUGCGAUUAUGUACCUCCAGAAUAGAAUGACAUGGAGAAAGUGUUGGUUACUGAGGCCAGUGAUACAAAUGGUCCUGUUUAUAUUUGCAUACUACACUUCUAUCUCAAGGAUCUCAGACUACAUGCACCACUGGAGUGAUGUGUUAGGGGGGUCUGUUCUUGGAGUUGCAGUAGCCAUUCUUGUGAUCUUUUUUGUGUCAGAUGUAAUGGCAGAUGUAGCGUGUUGUCGGAGCAGUGCCAGUAAUCCCAGCAUUCCUCUCUACAACGUACAUUCAGAUGAAGACCGGCUAAGUGUAAAACAUUCAAAUGAUUUACAAUUAUCUACUGGGGGUGGCAGUCAUGUUGCUUCACCUCAACCUUGAUCUUCACCUUUUGACCUCUUGCAGUUUGACCUCUUGCAGUUACGCGUGUUGUACUUGUGGCCACUAAUUGCACAGUGCUUAAUGCUGGCGUUUUGUGUUUCUGUUAACAACAUUUCUUUCUAUUUAUGUUAAAAUUUAUUGUUUGUUAUAUAUCCUUCCAAUUCUUUAUUUACUCCUGUUAUAUCUUUGUAAUCCAAAGGCUUUAGCCUGUUGGUACCCCUGAUAUAUAUUAUACUGAUAAUCUUUACAGCUUAAUAAUGAGAUAUCUAAGCACAUAUCAUAUAUAACAAUACACAUAGGGCAAGCUAAUCAUCUACAGCAAGGAAUGAGAAAUCUUAUAUCACUGAACUGUAAAUUAAUAUUUUGCUUUAUUUAUUUUAUUAACAAAAUGUUAUUCUCAAGACCUUUUACCUCAGCUGAGCUGAAAGUUCAAGUGAACUUUUCUGAUCACAUUUUGUUCAGAAUAUGUCUGUCUGUCCACUUAUCUGUCUGUCCGUCUGUAAACUUUUAAACAUUUUUGACGUCUUCUCAAUAACCACUGGGCCAAUUUCAACCAAACUUGCCACAUUUUCCAUUUUUCUUGGGAAAAUGGGAUUUAGAUAAUUAAGAAAUAAUGUAAAUUUGGGUGGGUCAUUUAAAAAUCUUCUUCUCAAGAACCACCACUUAUUCUUCUCAAGAACAACCAGGCCAUGAUCAGUGAUAUUAAUACAUGUAAUAUGCAAUCAUCUUCAGAUAGUGCAGAUUCAAAUUUGUUCAAAUCAUGGCCCCAUGGGGAAGGCUAGGGCAACAAUAGGGGAUCUCAGAUUUACAUUUGGAAUAUAUAGGAAACAUGUUUAAAAACCAUCAUCUUUUUCAAGUAUAACUAGGUCAUGAUUUCUGAUAUUAUGGUAACAAGCAAGCAUUUUGAGGUAAUGAAGAUUCAAGUUGGUACAAAUCACAGCCCUCCUGGGGUAGGGUGGGCCACAAUAGGAGAUGAAUAUUUUAAAAGGAAAUUGAAACAAAAAUUCUGAGAUUUCACAUGGAAAUAUUCCAUAUUUUUGUUGAUUCAUUUUUUUUUUCAAAAUCCCCAGGAUGUGUUGAUUUAAAAUAGUUAGGUCAUGUCAUAAUCCUUGAGGACUAGGGUAAGGCCACAAUAGGGUUAAGAAUUUUUCAUGUGAUUAAAGUUUGAAAAUAUUUUUUUUAAUCUUGUGAUGAAGAACAGGAGGGCCAAGUGACUCAGGUGAGCAAUGUAGCAGAUGGUCUCUUGUUUUAUUGUUGUGACCAGCAUUUUACAUCUAAAUAAACAUACAACACUUUUUUUUUAUAAACCAUGAAAAAUUGUUCAUGAUUUGCCUAACUGGAUUACAUUUUUUCUGGUGUUUUCUAAUAUUUCAAAUAGUUUUCAUGUGUGUAAGCACAAGGUUUUGUCAUUUAUACAGAAUAACCAUACUUUUAAGGAACUUAGCAAUGAAGUCAUUAAUACUAAGAUUUAAUCUCAACUACUCCUGCAGUUGAUCUUAUAAGAGAGGAAAAAAUCAGUCAGGGAGUUAAAUUUAUUUCCCAACAGCAAAGUUUAAGCUCCCGCUUUUUCAAUACAUUGUACAAUGAAAUUAUGCACUAAAUUUUUUUUUUAAAAGUUAGGGUCUAUGUUUUAUACAAUGCAAUCUAGGAGUAGCAGAAAAUUCAAUAUAAUUAAGGUUUAUUUGUUAUAGAAUUCAGUAUAUGGUAAAUUUUAUCUGUAUUUAUAUCUAAUAAUUCUGGCAGAUAUGGUAUGUGUACAUGCCCUAGUGUCUGGAAUUGUUCUAUUAUGCAUAAUGUGUAGGAGUGAGACACAAAUCUCAGCUCUAAUUUAAGAGGAAUUAAUGUGUGAAAUACAUGUACUUAUUUAUGUUUAUAAUUUUUCCUUCUGACAUUUACAAUUUUACAAAUGUACCAUGUGGUCACAUAUAAUUUUAAUUAGAUUGGGUAAUAUGAAUAAUAAACUGUAAAUGAUUUUACG